UGAAAUACGUCAUUCUUAAGGGCGUCGCCAUUUAAUGACGAAAGGUUGUAGUCGUAAACAUGGAGGAGAGAGAAGCACUUAAGAGACAAAUUGACCUUUUACAAAAUCUCAUCAACAAACAUAAAAGUACCCAUGGCGAUACACCAUUUACAGGAACUGAGCAGAGCCACACACAAUCUUCAGUGCCAGCCAGGGGCCGAGGUCAAAGUGCAUCUAUGAUCUACCCUCCCAGCUCCAGAGGAAGACUCUAUGCUCCUCAGAGCUGUGGAAGUUGGAGGAAAACGUACUCUCUGAGAAACAAGAACCCUGAAUCCUCUGCUGGACAUCCCUCAGCUUCUGCCUCCUCCACUGUCCAUCACUCUCAUAGCAUGUCACUGCCCAGCCUCAGCACGGGAAGCAGGACUGCCACUUUAUCAUCAGGGAUAUCUCAGCUGAAGAAAAAAGAACAUAUAAGCAGCACAACGGAGAGUAGAGUUGUAGCAACAGAGAGAAAAAACAGUGAUGCUCUUGGAAAAAUGGGGUCAGCAACAGAGUUUACGCAGAGGGUUGACAGCAGGAACACAGGCCUGCAGGGAAAGAAAAUUGGUGUUUCUUUUGAAGUGGCCUCUUCAGCCACAGCCAGUACCUCAGCCAUUCAGCAGAGCAGCUCCCAAGUAAAGAUUGGACCUUCCCUGAAAAGCAGAACCAGUACAGACACUCAACAGAUUGUUGCUAAAACAUCUCAGGUAACUUUCACUGCUGGUCUCUCUACUGCAUUACAACAAGCUUCCUCUAACUCAUCUUUACAAAGCAGCAAAUCCCAGGUCAAUACUUUAUAUUCAAAUAAAUCAAAGUUCACUUGGGUAAAGGGUCAGAGUGCUGCAGGAGCAGAGCUCAAACCACUGAGCUCUGUUUCAACACCGUCAGCAGUUGUUGCCCCAACAUCUGUCUUGAAAUCUGGAGUUGCCAUUGAAAGCCCCCCUUCAUUUGUAGUUGCUAAGAGAACCGCUGCUAAGAAGUUACCUCGAAAGCUUAGCCAGCCCACUGUAGCUGCCAAGACCUCAAAGUACCGCUGGGUGUCCUCUGCAGGAGCCCAAGCUAAGACAUCUCGUAAGUCUCCAUCUCCCAAACCCUUGACUCUCACACAGAGAAGUCUGGACAAAGGAGAGGCCACAAGGAAACUUAAACCAGGUUCUUCUCCUUCUGUAAAAUUGAAAAAAGGUAUUGCAGUGUCCUCUGCUGGCACCUCACAGAGUAGCCGCUAUCGCUGGAAAGCAGGGGGCCAGAGUACAUCUGUGGCAGGGACAGCAGGAGCAACAGCAAACCGCCGUAGAUCUGCUUUCCACUGGACAGCUGAGAAAAGUAACAAAGGAUUGAAAGGAGGGAUUUCUGUGCCCCUAAGUUUACCUCAGCGCACCUCCAUGUUGUCAUCCUCCUCGCCUGGAGGGUUCAAGCUCCGCAGCAGGAUGAAGAUUAUUAGAAGGUCUACUAUCAGUGGCAGUGGAUCAGAGAAGGUGAGCCCACCAGCUGUGAAGCACUCUCCCCAGGGCAGAAUCUAUACUUUGGCCAGGACUCCCACAGGAGUUAGGAGGACACCCACCAGGGAGCUUGUGUCGUUUGGUAGACACAAGUUGAGGCGGCUUUCCCCUGUCUCAUCAAAGACAAAUGCCAACUCUUCCUCCCAUCGUAACCCCGCCUCCCAAAGGGUGUUCAGGACACGCUACAAGAUGGUGACCCAUCUGGGCUCCAGUGCCAUGCAGACCCGCUAUUACAACCCAGCCCUUUCCUGGCGUGCCAAGAGGCUCCAGUCUGCCAGGAGUUUCCUUCAGAGCCGUCUUCGAGCUCCCCACGACAGACACCCGUCAUCCACCCAGCAGUGGAGAGGAAGCAGCAUGUGUUGGAUUCGUGGGUCCUUAUACCGUGUGUCAGCCAAUAAGCUGUCCCGCACCGUAGCAGCGAACAUGUCCAUCAAUCGAACAGGAAGGUCCUCAUGCUUCCAGGUCUCCCACAUGGUUCCCGCCAUGGCCAAAUCCUCCAGCACUCGUCACUUAGCCAGGUACCGUGCAGUCCAGCGGAGUCUUGCCAUCAUUCGCCACGCUCGUCAGAAGCAGCGGCAAAAGCAGUACUGCAUGUACUACAACCGCUUUGGCAAAUGUAACCGUGGAACCAGUUGCCCCUUCAUACACGACCCAGACAAAGUGGCGGUCUGCACCAGGUUUCUGAGAGGGACAUGCAAGCAGGCAGAUGGUACCUGUCCGUUCUCCCACAAGGUGGCAAAGGAGAAGAUGCCGGUGUGUUCCUACUUCCUGAAGGGCAUCUGUAACAACAGUGACUGUCCCUACAGUCAUGUCUACGUGUCCCGCAAAGCUGAAGUGUGCCAAGACUUUGUAAAAGGUUACUGUCCUGAGGGAGAGAAGUGUAAGAAGAAACACACUCUAGUGUGUCCAGACUUCUCUAAGACGGGCUCCUGCCCACAUGGCUCACGCUGUAAGUUGCAGCACCGCCAACGAGUCAAACGCCGCGCCAGCAACAGUGUGACCCCUCCAGCUAAGAAAGCACGCACCAAGGAUCCUCUGAAGAGACCCCAUCUGUCUGUUGUGAUGCCACAGGAUUCUCAAGCAUCACUGGGGAUGCCCUCCACAGGUUCGUUGGUGCUGCCCUCAUUUAUCUCCCUCUCCAGCUCUCCAGAGGAGGCAGAUGCACCAGACACGCUUCCUACUGAUGCAGUGCAAGUCAAAGGUAUAAGCAUCAACAACAAAACCCAGAGAGCAAUGGUCACAUAAGUUAACAUAGUGCACUGUAUGGACAAAAAAUACCGGGUUACCUUCAUAUUACAACUACAGGAGCUGCUCAGCCAAAGAAACAGAUGUCACGAAUCCCUCAGUUCAGUUUUUGUCGUUUGUAGUUAUUAAAUCAGCAGAGAGUCAGUGACUUUUACAACUCAGCACUCUGAAACCCCGCUCUGUAACUUUACGUAGUGUUAGACUUCCUGUGGUUCAUUAACACUUCACAAUUAAACUGCUUACAGCUGAUCGUGAGAUAUCUUGGAGAGAAGACAUGUCAUGACCUGACUUGUUGCAAUGGUGGCACCCUAUUACAGUAUCAGAACAACCUGUUCUUUCACAAAUGUUUGUAAGGGCAGACUGCGUGGCUAGGUGCUUGAUUUUAUACACCUGUGGCAAUGGGACUCAAUUCAACGAACACCUGAAUUCAAACAUUAAGAGGUUUGGUAGAGAAACACAUACAGUCUGACUGAUGAUUAUUGAGAAGCCAGAAGGGACAAGAAUAACCUUCUGGCUCUAAUAAUGCAGUCAUUGCUGCAUUAUUUUUGCUUAUUUGCUUUUUAUACAGUAGCAAAGAUUUUGCACUAUAAAUUAAUGAGUAAAGGUGCAUAGGUCUCAGUAAGCACUUAAGUCUUUUUUUUUUUAGACAGUUGGACGCAGUUUUUGGAAUUUUGUCUCUGUAUACCACCUUGAUUGUUUUUCGUCAAAUAAUUAAGAUGCAGUUGAAUUGCAGUCCCUAGUUCCAGAGGUUCAAUUGUAACUGAAUAACUGAUGGACAAACAGUUUCAUGGAGUCCUAUUCUGUCAUUAUCUCGUGGCAAACUGAGCAGAUUAAAUAUCUGGAAUUUAGGGAGGUGCUUAUUGUCUUUCCCCUCACUUAGCGUUAAACUGCUGCAGUGCAAGCUGGAGGUCACCACCUCAUGAAGCUAAUCAGAAUCAGCAUAUUUUAUUAAUCCCUAAGAAAAUUAUUUGGGUUACAAAGAACCAUAUCAACUAUAAAAAGCAGAGGCCAUCAGAGAUAAAGUCUACCACCUGGCUAUGCAGGGCUCUAGACUAACCUUUUGCCACGUUUGCACUGGCGCACCAGUACAAAAGUUAGGCGCACCCGAAUUUUUAACCCGCAUCACUUAACACCGCAGUUUUACAUGUGCACUUUUUAAGGGGGGAAACUGCUGUCCAUACAGACAAUAUUGAUUUGUAAAGGAUUAACUAACAAUCUUGUCAACACAAAGUUCUUUAUUUGGAGCACAGCUCUACAAGAAAGAUAAGUUACUGAAAAAGUGCUUGUGCUUAAAGUGUUUUGGCAUUCUUUGACAAUAUUGUAGGCAAUGUUAAAUUUAAUCAUCACAUCGGCCUCCUGUUACGACCUGUUUGGUGAUUCGAUUCAAUUUUGCCUCAGACAGUCAUAAGUAUUAUAUUUCUGAUCAUCUAUCAGUACUGACACUGUGAGACUUCAUCAGAGGUGUGAGCAUCACAGCAGAUGCCUUUGUGUCAAAGUAACUGAGGAUAAAACAGAAAAACAUGAAUCAGAUUUUCCUGGCCUGGCUUUUUAUAGCAGAUAACCUUAAAAAUAUUCUGCAAUUUUGCAUAAUUUUAAAAAGUAUAAAUUUCUUCAGUAUUGAACAGCAGAAAUUAGGCUCUCUUGCACGAGGUUAUUUGAGUUCUAAAAAUAUAUAUAUAGACUGCGGCCGACAGCGCUGUAAACAACGGUAGACUGGUGUGUAAUAAGCGAAUGAAUAAUGCUGUUUUGCUUCAUGGUGGAAGCAAAACAGCAGAAGUCAGAGGGAAUUAAUGACGACAUUUAUCAAAUGUGAAGCACAGUUCGGAUCUUCUUUUGCUGCUGGUUCAGUGAAUUUUGGUUGGAGAGAGACAAAACCUGCAGCUCAGAAUCUAGCGCAAAAAAGAUGUAAACGCAAAGCCGACACAUCAGAAUCAGUGAGCUGUCGGCUUCCAGCCCCAAGGGCGUGUACGUGUACGUGCCAUUGGGUGAGAAAACCGAGAAAGAGAAAGCUGAUUCUGAUGCGUCAGGUCCGCGCUCUGUGUUUACGUCUUUGUGCAGAAUCUGCUUACCUGCUCUCAUUUGCUGUUUGG